AAUGGACUAUAUUAGGUAUAUUUGGAUACGGCAGACGACUAUUCCAAUAGAGAGGUUCGACAAGGUCUAUCCUCCCGUUUCCCUUUCAACCUCAUGCAUUCACAAAGACAAUCUCGUAGAAAUUCAUCAUGUCUCUUAGUCGACUUGUCAAAGAACACAAUGCAAAGCAGGCAACUCAUAAGCGCGAAACUGAGCAACUGCGAAAAGAGGCUAUUCAAAGUGUAGGCGUAUUCUCUGACGCAAUUGCGGAUAUCCUCAAUAGCCGGGUGACACAGAUAUUCGUUAACCAGAAGAACUUGGAACAAGAAGUAAAGAAUUUGUCGGCUCAAACGACAAGAUAUGCGAAGCAAACAGCGCAAUGGCUUUCUCUUGUUCAGCAGUUUGACUCGGCCCUUAAAGAGCUCGGAGAUGUACAGAACUGGGUUCAAGUUAUACAGAGGGAUAUGGAGCAGGUUACUGAAGCAUUAGAGAGCUCACAGCACAAUCAUGAAAACAGCAUAAUCUAGGCCCAAUCCUCACCGCAAGGGAGAAUCUGGCCAUGACCGCGCUGCUUCUAAACUUGGAAGUGUGCUUGCGAAC